AUGGCAAACAUUGAGCGAUUCGGUUUAAUAUCCUUACUACUCGUUCUGACUAUAGUUUUAUCGAUCAGUUCGAUAAGCUGUGAAAAUGGCAUGUUGACAAACCAAGCAGCAUUGUUUGUGUUCGGAGACUCGUUGUUCGACGUUGGCAACAAUAACUACAUCAACACAUUUAGAGCUGCUCAGUCUAAUGUCUGGCCUUACGGUCAGACCACAUUCAAGUUCCCAACCGGGAGAACUUCCGAUGGCCGUUUGAUUCCGGAUUUUAUCGCGGAAUAUGCAUGGUUACCGUUAAUACCGCCAUAUCUACAGCCCGGAAAUAGCGUAAAUCAAUUUACUUACGGUGUUAAUUUUGCUUCUGCCGGGGCAGGAGCUUUGGUUGAAACUUAUCAGCCACAGAACGUGAUACCAUUGGGAAGCCAGUUAAACAACUUCAAGAAUGUGGAGAAGAUGUUCAAAGAGAAACUAGGAGAUGCAGAGACCAAAAGGAUAAUCUCGAGAGCUGUUUAUAUCAUUCAUAUCGGUCCUAACGAUUAUUUCUAUCCUUUAUCCCGUAACAUUUCCUAUUUUCAAUCCAAUAGCAAAGAUCGAUUUGUAGAUUAUGUUAUCGGUAACACCACGGCUGUGAUCGAGGAAAUUUAUAAAAUGGGAGGAAGGAAAUUUGGUAUCAUGAACAUGGGUCGACUCGAUUGUGUUCCGGGAAUGCUAACAUUGGAUCCAACCAGAAUAGGAUCAUGUUUUGAACCAAUCACCGGGUUGAUAAAACUUCACAAUGUCCGAAUACCUAAUGUUUUGAGAGAUAUACAACGUCGAUUUCCCGGGUUCAAAUACUCCCUUUUCGACUCCUACACCGCCGGAACAGAAGCUAUGGAGAAUCCUACAAAAUACGGAUUUAAGGAAGUGAAGAAGGCUUGUUGUGGAAGUGGACCGUUUAGGGGAAGCAGUACAUGUGGAUACAAAUCAGGAACAUUGCGUGGUUUCGAGUUAUGCGAAAACGUUAGUGACUAUAUGUUCUUUGAUGGCUCACAUGCGACUGAGAAGGCUAAUCAACAGACCGCAGAGUUAAUGUGGGAUGGUCCGUCUGAUCUCGUUGGACCCUUCACUCUCAAAACAUUGUUUCAAAACUUAUAAAUUAAAUCAAAAUAUCAAAAUCAUCGAUGAAUAAAUCAUGACA